AUGAUGAAAGGCUUGGACUGCAUCCAGAGCGCAUACUGCGCAUUCGCUCAAAACCACCCUAGUUCGACCUCGCUCAUGUGCACAACUCACUUUGCCAAAAAUGAUCAGCUGACCGUUAAGUGCCCGGCAUCCCUCGUGGGGACCAGCUACUUAACUCUUAUUCGCCUCGGAAACAAAUAA